CCGCUCCGCCCGCUCUCGCCGUGUUCCGCACCUUUACGACCCAGCACAUCCACGACGCACGACUCACGCCGCCACGCCUCGCGCCCUUGCCUCGUCCUUGCGCCGCCGGCGCGCACCGCACUCUGCGCCCGCCUGCCUCCACGCCUUCGACACCGCUGAGGCGGCGCUGCACCCGGCGCUAUGUCGGCCUUUCCUGCCUUUGAGCGCGCGCAGGCCGGCCUCAGCAGCCGCAACCUCGCCGCUGCAGCGAGCAGCAGCAGCGGCCGGCCGCUCUCGAGCUUCGACCCGGGCCCGUCGGGCGGCAGCAUGAGCACGCCCGUGCCCGUCCUCGCCCUCGACGGCGACGCAGCCGGCAUCCCGCCGACGCCCGAGGCCAAGGUGCCGAAGAUCUCGAAGCGCACCAACGCGCGCCUGCAGCUCGCCGCCGCGCUCAUCGAGGCGGACAACGAGGAGAUCGAGGCGCGGGCGCAGGCCGCCGCCGCCGCCAUCGCCGGGCAGCAGCACGACCCCAACUCGCCGCACCCUGCGCCGCCGCCGCAGCCGAAGCUGGCGAGCCAGAGCGCCAUCUUUGCGCCGUACCGCGAGGAUGCUGGCAGCCUGCCGCCCGUCGUGCGGGCGCGCGCCGGCAGUGCCGCUAGCCGCCUGAGCCGGCCAAGCCUGGCGACCGGCGACGAGCCGCGCGGCAGCAUCGACUUUCUCGGCGUGCGCCUACCGACGGAGAAGAAGUACGGCUACUCGCAGGGCGCACCCAGCAGCACGGGCUACUCGCAUAGCCGCGCGGGUAGCAUUGCCGGCACGACGCGCCUCAGCCGUUCGGGCAGCCUCAUGAGCGCUACGGGCGCCCUUCGGCCCGGCGAUGCCGUUUGGGACGGCCCGGGCGAGCGGCCGCGCAGCUCCAUGAGCCACAGCCGGCGCGGCAGCCUCGGUGCCAUGGCUGCCGAUGCCGCGACCGACGACGCACUGAGCGAAGCCGGCUCGGACGAGGCGCUGAGCGACUGGGGUGUCGAGAAGUUCCUCUCCACCGACGCGCGCACCCGCAUCACGGGGCGGCGCAGCAGAGCCAACAGCUCGCUCGGGCACGGGGCCGGCGGCGACCGCCCGCGCUCGGUGCUGAGCACCACGUCCGAUGCGCCGCGUGCCACGUCGGACAUUGGCACAUCUGCCACGCAGAGCGGCCAGCCAGGCGCGGCCGCGGGCGCCAACGCCGAGCUGCUGGCGCGCAUCAAGCUGUACCGCGAGCGCCAGGAGAAUCUGCCGCCGAGUCAGUGGGACGGGCCUGGUCCCGCAGCCGAUGCCAGCGCCGUGGCAGCGCAUCUCAGCACGCCGCAGGGCAAGGCUGCGGCAGACCGGCCCGUCAGCACGCAGGCGUCGCCACCGCGCCGGCGAGCCUCGAGCUCCUCGACGCCUGGCGCACUGUUCAGCACGCCAUCGCCGCGCAUGACCCUGAACCAGGGCCUCGGCGGGCUCGGCUUGGACGACGAGGCGGCGAAGGCGGCGGCUAAGAAGGAGGAGGGCGUGCGGCAGGGCCUCGUUGCGCACGAGCGCAGCGCCACGGUCGAUGCGGCGCCCGAGCACGCCACGAUCAUGCAGCGGCGCGAGAGCUCGAUGGGCAUCCUCGGCGACAGCUGGUCGGAGCAGGGCAGCGACUACGAGGCCGCGCCCGAGGCCGACGAGGAGAUCGUUGCGCGCCUGGCGCAGGCUGCCGGCGUGCGCAUCUCGCCGCCGAGCUCGCCCGGCCCGUCGAGUGCCGCACCAGUCCCGCAGCCUCUUGCGCCCGCGUUCCAGCCUUCUGCUGCUGCUCCACGUCCGGCGCCUGCAACUCCUGCGGAGGCGUUCCACGAUGGCUCAACGACCGGCCAUGACUUUGAGCCUCAGAGCGAGGACCAGGACAUGGCCGGCGUCGGCUCAUUCUCGCGCAGUCAUUCGCGUCGCAACUCGCUCAUGGCUAGCGCCUUUCUGUCGAACGACGAGCGGCCAGCGGGGACGAUGUCGCCCGUGCUCGGACCCAGCCAGAUCCUCAAGCCUGGUGACGUCGUGUCGGGCGGCUCGUACUCGCGGCCCGGCACGCCAGGCGGCAUCGGCAGUCCUGCUCGACGGAUGUCUGGCUUUGCUACGCCGAUCCUCGGCGUCGGCGCUGUGUUGGCGGAAGACCCAUUCCGCCACCUGCCGCAAGGGCCCUCUCCAUACCCUGCCAGUCCGGCAAACAGGCUCAUGGACCUCGGCGCCGAUCCGUACGCCGCGGCCGCGCAGAUGCGCCACCGUCAUGGAGAGUCCAUGGCUGGCAUCGGCGCCGGCAUGAUGUCGCCGAGCCUGUCCUUUGCCAGUCCCAGCUCGGGCUUCGGCCAGGUGACGGCGCCGCAGCGCAAGAGCAUGCCCAUGGACAGCCUCUCCACCAAGCAGCUGCAGGCGCUCGCGCGCGGCGGAGCCUUUCCGGAGUAUUACGGCAUCAUUGAUGCCUCGGGCCCGCCGAGUCCGGCUCUGGCCGGCUUCGAUGAGGCUGAGCUGCUUGAUGCCGCCGGUCUCGAUCCACUCGCGGCCGCGCAGCCCCACGAGGAACCGACAGAAGGCGAGGAUGGAACGCCGGCGGCGCAGCAGCCUGCGACGGAGCCGUCCAUGCCCAAGACGUCACGCUUCUCGGCCAUCUUCGGCACCAACGCCAGCCUCGCUGAUGCAGCAGAGGCGCUGCGCGAUGCUGGCGAGCCGGACCUCUCGUCGGUGCGCUGGGGCUGGCGCAAGCGUGGAGCGCAGGCCAUGCAGGACGGCGGCGGCGAGAACGAGACCGGCCAAGAGAAGCGCGCGAAGAGCCGCGGCCUCCUCACCACGGUGCUGCCCUUCAAGAGCAGCGCCGCCGCCAACGACGGCUCAGCGGCUGACCCACACGGCGCGCCCGGCGGCGAGCUCUUCGCCAAGCUGCAGAAGGCUGCGCAGGAGCAAGACGACGUCGACGACUCGCUGAUCAGCCCGCCGUCCAAGGGUCCGCUGCGGCCUCGCGGCCUCUCGGAGCGUCUUCCCGGCACGCUGACUAUGCCUGCGCCCCUGCAAGGCUCGCGACUGGCUCCGCGCAUGCGUCUCACGCCGCCGCCAGACCAGGUGCUGCGCGAGAACGUCGCAGCGGCCAACGCAAAGCGUCAGAGCCAGCUGCACGUGCCGGAAGGCUUCGUGCUGCACAAUCGCGGCCUGCCCGCCAUGCGGCAGCUGCAAGUCGGCGGAGCCGCUGGCCCGCGGCCGCUCUUCAUGGCGCCGCAAGGCGACAAGAAGCACGACGCAGUGGUGUCUGCCUUCCUCAACUCUGCGGAAGGACGCCGCCUCAUCAACAUCCCGGCUGCUGCGCCUGCAGGCAUCGGUCGGCGAGCCGCCGCGCCUACGACGGCCCUUUUCCGCAACCAGCUUGUGCAGCACGACGACGAACGCGAGGGCUGGGGCUGGGAAGCCACGGCGUCUCAGGCUCCCGAGGACGAGGCGGCCGCUCUUGACAUGAAGAAGAAGAGCAAGGGUGCCGCCAAGCGUGCCGAGAAGAAGGCGGCGAAGCUGAAGCGCAAGCGCAAGGCUGCCCGCGCCGAGCGCAGGCGCAAGCGCGAGGCCGCCAAGCAGAAUGGCACCUCUUACGAGGCCGUCGCCGAGGAAGAGAGUCCCGACGAGGAUCUAGACCUUAGCGAGGACUCGUCCAGCGAGGCGUCGGACACUGAUUCAGACGACGCCAGCGACGCCAGCUGGAACACCGAGGACGAGAAGCGCUGGAUCGACAACCAAAAGCCGGCAGGCAAGCUCUUCGGCAAGAGCCUGCUCGACGUCGCGGCGGAGAAGAAGCACAUCAACGUCUCCAAGAACCGCUACUAUGGCCAGACUGAGAUCGAAGAGAUGAACCAGGCCGACGCACAGAGCGCGAUGCUGGGCGACGGUCAGUCCAUCGCGCCGAGUGCUGCCGCGCGGUCCUUUCGCGACAACCCGCUCGGCUACAACGACACGCGCGAGCGCAUGCAGGCUGCCUUUGGCACCGACCACAUCUGGGCGCGCGAGAUGGCCAAGCGGCGCGAAGAGGAGGCGCGCGAGGCCGAGGAGCGCGAGGUGCGGCGUCUGGCCGAGGAGGAGUACCAGAAGGCCGAGGCCGAGCGCAAGCUGCGCAAGAUGCGCGGCAAGAAGGGCAAGCAGGCUCGCGCUGCGGCGGCCGCUGCAAAGGCGGCCGAGGAGGCGAACAAGACGCCUCGUGGCGAUGCGCUGCAGUUGCCAGAGGAGAGAGCAGACGGCGAUGCCUCGCCGCCGCGCUCUCGCACGCCCAUUCAGGCUCCCCAGAUCGCCCUCGACCUGCCUACAGAUGACGCGGGCAACGACGGCGCCUCAUCGCGGCGCAGUGGGCGGCCCAGCGAGACUGCUGCCGAGUGGUUCGCGCGCUCCGACGAUGAGGAGAGCUCGGACGGUUCCAGUUUGGAGGACGAGGCAGAGCGUCGCCGCCAGGCGCUGCAGCGCGCGCGCCAGUCGAUGGCGCUGGACCCGUCGACCGUGCCAGUGCUCUCGAUCGACUCGACACAGGACGGCGACAGCGACUCGAGCGAGGACAACGUGCCGCUCUCGCAGCUGCGCAAGAAAGCGCCGCCGAGCUUUGCUGCUGGUCUCACAAUUGGCGGGAACCAGUCCUCGGACGAAGAGGUGCCGCUUGCGGCCAUCGUGGCCAAGCGCAAGGCACGCGAGUCGAAGAUGGGCACUCUUGAUCUCGACUUUGGCGGCUCGCCGCGCGCUCCGCCAGCGCCUGCCCCUGCGCUCGAGCCCGAGUCCGACUCGUCCGAUGAUGCCCCGCUGGGUCUGCGGCACGCGAACGGCGCUGCGGCACUGGCCGCCAUUGCAGCGCAGAAGGCAGCGCGGCGCGAGGCCAGCGGCGCAGAUGCUUCUGAGAGCGACAAUGACUCAGACGACGCGCCACUCGGCGCCAUGCACCCGCAAGCUGCCAUCAUCGCCGAGCAGCGCGCCGUCAUCGAGCGCCUGCAGGCGGAGAAUGCGCAGGCCAAGGCGCAGAUGAUGGGCGGUAUGCCCUCGUUCGGGCCAUACGGCCAGCCGGCGGGCUUCGACCCGCGCAUGUCGUUCAUGCCGGGCAUGGGCGACCCGCGCAUGAGCAUGAUGAACCUCGGCAUGCCGAUGAACGGCGGCAUGCCCGCGACCGCUUCUGCCGCCAACCUUAUGUCCUACGACAGCGCCGCGCCGCACGCCUCGCCGAUGAUGCACCAGGGCGCCGCAAUGGGCUCGCCGGCGAUGGUCUCUGCACCGUCGAUGACGCCGCUCGCGCCGCCCAUCAUGGGCGACCCGAAGAGCUCGUCGAUCGACCGCUGGCGCAGCGAGGUGGCGCCGCGCGCACCUGGCUCCUCGGGACCCACGUCAAAGGAGGGCUCCGAGGCGCUUGUAUGACCGUCUCUCCCAUUUGCCCCGGAUCCACACAUCAGACACCUGCUUCACCAUCAACGACCGCACGAAACAAUACAUUAGACAGUCAGCUAGCGGA